GACGGGACCGUCUUGACUCAUUCAAACUUUUUUUUAAUGUAAACAUUGGCUUGGCCUUUAUUGCGGAGAGACGGGUUUCUGUGUCUUGCGCUGUUACGAAAGAGGUGACGGACCGGGGGACGUGACUGGCCGGACGACUUUUGGUUUCCUGACUUUACGUUUUGAGACGUAGUCGGGACGGCUAAUUCAAGCUAGUGCGGAGCCAUUUCUGAGCCGUGGAUGGGCGUGUGGCUCUGUUAGCAAACAACCGUUCCAAGGAUGGUAACGAGGAUUCAGCGCUCCUCGCGACUUUUUGCUCACUUUUGAGUUUUUACCUUUUCGCGAAGGUAACCAGAAGUGAACUAGCGCUGUUUUAGUUUUUAUUUUUAUUUUCUUUAACGAGGAACUCUCCUGCCUGUUGCGUCUCGGGUCCCACCGCGUGUUUUCUUCCCCCUUCCCCAGUCGACGCGGCCGGGGUUUAAAUCCUGAAGAUGUCCAGUUACAGCCGCCACCGACACGGCUCCCCGUCUCCAAAAACUCGGCCGAUUCGCCAGAAACUUCAGUUCACGUCCAGCGACGGGGAGGACGAGCCCAUCGAGGACGUCAACAACAGCACCGGGGGAGAGUCCGGCUUCACGGAGAUCGACUCGCCCAUGCCAGCGUGCCUUGACGCGGAUGACAAACGCCUGGAGGGCGGCAGCAGCCCCCUGAACCACACCGGGGGGGACGACGACGUGGAGCUGUGGGACGACGAGGAGGGUUUUGGUUCUCCCUCCAUGCUGCGAUCGCCCAGCAUUUUCGCCAAUAGUUCGCCGUCGCCGAGGAAGAGCUCGCGGCUGUGCAGCGGCUCCCCGGAGCGCUCCUACGUCCAGGACGACGGAGAAGGAUCCAGCUCCCCGAUCCCGGACUGUCCCGACACGCCUCCCCACAAAACCUUCAGAAAACUGCGGCUGUUUGACACGCCGCACACGCCAAAGAGUCUGCUGUCCAGGGCGAGGAGCUCGGGCCUGGGGAGUUCCAGCAGGAGGGUCGGUCUGUUCAAGAAUGUGGAUUCUUCAGGAAAGUCAGUCAUGGACAGCACCAAGAGACAGCUGACCCCCCUGGUCAACUUCAACCCCUUCACUCCAGACUCCCUCCUCAUUCAGUCGGCCACACAGCAGAGAAACAACAGGAAACGGGCGCACUGGAAUGACUCCUGUGGUGAAGACAUGGAGGCAAGUGAUGCUGAAGCAGAAGAGGAAAUCUUUCCACCCUCUAAGAGGAUCACCAUGAUGGAGAACAACAUGAUGUCCCGCUACGCCUCAGAGUUUCUGGAGCUGGAGAAAAUCGGCUGCGGGGAGUUCGGCGCCGUCUUCAAAUGUGUGAAAAGACUUGAUGGUUGCAUUUACGCUAUCAAGAGAUCCAAGAAGCCUCUGGCAGGAUCAGUGGACGAGCAAAAUGCUUUACGGGAGGUGUACGCCCACGCCGUGCUGGGCCAGCACCCCCACGUGGUGCGCUACUACUCGGCCUGGGCCGAGGACGACCACAUGCUCAUCCAGAACGAGUACUGCAACGGCGGCACGCUGUCCGACGUCAUCGCGGAGAACUACAGGCGGCUCAGCUUCCUGUCGGAGCUGGAGCUGAAGGAUCUGCUGCUGCAGGUGGCGCAGGGACUCAAGUACAUCCACUCCACCUCUCUGGUGCACAUGGACAUCAAGCCCAGCAACAUUUUCAUUUCCCGCAAAUCUGUACCAAGCUGUGACGAAUGUGAGGAGGAUGACGAGCUGGCCACCAGCGUCGUCUACAAAAUCGGGGAUCUGGGUCACGUGACGAGGGUGAACAACCCGCAGGUGGAGGAGGGCGACAGCAGAUAUCUGGCCAAUGAAGUUUUACAGGAGGACUACAGCAACCUGACCAAGGCGGACAUAUUUGCCCUGGCGCUGACGGUGGUGAGCGCCUCGGGAGCCGAGCCGCUGCCCACCAACGGAGACAAGUGGCACGAGAUCAGGCGGGGGAAACUGCCGGCCAUCCCUCAGCUGCUCUCCGCAGACUUCCUCAGUCUCCUCAAGCUGAUGAUCCACCCGGACCCAAGCAGGCGACCCUCCACCUCCGACCUCAUCAAGCACCCAGUGCUGCUGACCGCCGCCCGGAUGAGCGCGGACCAGCUCCGGGUGGAGCUCAACGCCGAGAAGUUCAAGAACGCCCUGCUUCAGAAGGAGCUGAAGAAGGCCCAGCAGGCCCGGGCGGCGGCGGAGGAGAAGGUCUUGUCCACCGACAGGAUCCUGACCCGCUCCACCGUCCAGUCCAACCUCCGGACCUCCAGGCUCAUUGGGAAGAAGAUGAACCGUUCGGUCAGCCUCACGAUCUACUGAGACGUUAAACCCCAAAGGCUCAUGGACCUUUUAAGUCAGACCCGUUCUGCUCAGACGGUCCUGACGGUGAACUCAAAGCUGUAGACUGACCCCGCGCCCAAACUGGAACUCAUCCAGCAGCCUGUUAUCGCCAGUCUCGCCUACAGAGGGGCUUCAUUUACAUUUUUUUUCCCCCCAUUCUCUGAAGGUAGUUGCUUUACCUUUUUACACUCAGUCAUUCCUUAAGCUUGCACAGACGUCAGGCUCGCUCGCUCGCUCUCGCUCUCCACUUCUGUCGACAAGGCCGAAGCCGGCUGGCAGCGGAUCCGAGCCGGAGUGAAGCUCUCCUCAGUGUGAAUGUAGCCGUGCGCACCUUAACUGCCUGUCACAUGCCUGACGCCGGGUACCGGGUACCGGGAGGGGGGUCCGAGAACCGUCUGUGUCUGUAACGGAGCACUUUGGAGGCAACGCGUGGGCGUCGCCACGUCGUUCUGAAAUAGAAGAAACCUGCUGCUAUUGAUGUUUUGUGUGUGCCAGGGUACAGCCGGGUUCGGGUGGGAUCGUCAUCGGUGGUCACUGGUUCUUCUUCCCAGGCAGCAGGACUCCAUCCUCCCCUUCGUUUGAAGCCUGUUUGAUUUUCUUUGUUUGUUUUUGUUUUUCCCUGCUCGGGUGGAAAAUGGAUCAUGCCGUCUGAGCAGAGCCAACCAGUGAAUUCAUCUCCCCUGAGCCGAGUUGAGAUCUUCCUGUUAAUCAGUGCUGCCACCCUGCCUGUAGCAUUAGCGAUCAUCGUCCUGUUCUCUGGAUUCUCAUGUGUUCUGUUUUUUUUUUUUUUAUCUCCUGCCAUGGUUUUUCAUCCUCUCCUUUAGUUUUGAAAAGUAUUCGUCAUCACUUUGUUCUCGUAAGACAUCUGUUGUAACAUGUACAUAUGUUCUUUUAAUAAAUUCUCACGUCAA